UGUCGUGUCCAACAACAAAAAGCGACUACGGCGCCUCGCUGCGCACAAAAAGGGACCGUGAACGCUUCAGUCAAAGAUCACAUCCAGCUGGACCUUUGGCGACUAAGCAGAAUGAGGAGUGGUGCGUCUACAGUGAUGUGGGGGGGUCUCCUCGUCCUCCUGUCCUGCUGUCUGCUCGGCGCUCGGUCCCACGGGGAUCAGCAGCUGCACCACCAGCAGCCGCCGGCCACAGGGGGCGAUGCCUCGAGGCCCGUCCAUGGCCUGGACAGAAACAUGGUCCAGGACAAAGACCACAUCAUGGAGCAUCUGGAGGGCGUGAUCGACAAGCCGGAGAAAGACAUGACGCCUCAGGAGCUGCAGCUGCACUACUUCAAGAUGCACGACUACGACGGCAACAACCUGCUGGAUGGACUGGAGCUGGCCACAGCCAUCAGCCACGUGCACAGAGAGGAGCGAGGAGAGAACAGCCAGCCCAUGAGGGAGGAGGAGCUCAUCAGCGUCAUCGACGACGUUUUGAGGGACGAUGACAAAAACAACGACGGCUACAUCGACUACGCCGAGUUCGCCAAGUCGCUGGAGUAGAGGGUCCCGGCCGAUUCUGUUGCCACGAGUCCACGGCGGCGGCGGCGAGGAACCUGCAGAGGAGCGAGGGAACAAACACCGCUGCUCACACGGAGCCACACUGAAAACCCGAGUGACACUUGGAUCAGGACGGCUGGCACUUUAUGUUGCUCGUGACAUUUUGUGUAUUUUCCAAGCCUUUUUGUUCUUAAAUUUCUGUAUUUAGCUGUGUUGUUGGCAGACAAAACGUGGGUCCACUGCCUCUUAAAAAAACGGAGAUUUGAGGUAAAUUCUAGACCUAAAAAGACGAGUGCAAGAAAAAAUGACUAAGAACUGAUGGGUUAAAAAAAGCAGGAGAACUGCUGAUGCUUAUAAUUUGAUCAUUUUUAUUUUGAUUCUGGUGUUUGCUCCCAUGUCGCAGAGUGACAUUUACACAGCUUCCUUUGCAGGUUCCCUGAAACAGCACGCUGCCUAUUCCAAAAGCAUGUUUUUUUUUUUUUUUUGUUGUUGUUGUUUUAUUUGGGGUAUUUUUAGUACCGGAGCGCUGUAGUGUUUGUGUCUUAUUUUUGUGGUGCUACACUCGAUCCACCCUGAUCGCCCCGCAGCACCGAUUCCGAAUGUUUUCCUUUUCAGUCGACUGAAAAAUUUCCAGUUUUCUUUGGUGUGCACGCUGAACUCGAUGCACAGCGAAUGUCAUUCACGUUGGUUUGCACACUCUCCCGUGUGACAGCCGGCGUCGUGGACCAAAUACCCUCUUAUGUUAGUUAAUUUUUUUAAAUGCUUUUCAUUUGCUGUUUCCGGGGCGGGGAUGAGACAAACUGUUGGUCCGCGUAACAUUUGAAAAGUGGCCUUUACUCGCCUAAAUUUAAUGUAACAUAGCCUGCCACGUGUUCAUUUGUGCACAGAGCCGAAGCUGUAACUGCUCGACGUAUCAGGUGCUUUUGAAGGAUUAUAUUUUUAGAGAUGACCAAGGUUACGAUUAUUAAUACACAAUACUGAAAAUUUUAGGUUCAGACUUGAAAGAGUUCACACAAAAUACAAAAAAAAAAAAAAAAAAAGAUGUUUUCCCCGCUUGUGUCCUCAGUGAAGUCUUUUGAAGAUUUGGUGAGGUUUCCAGUCUGCUGUGAUGUUCCCUUUACAUGCGAGUCCACAGGGCGGAUGUUCUUCGGCAGGAAAUAGUCCCCCGUCAGAGUCUUUGGGUUUGAGUUGUCGAUUAUACCGAGAAGCUUUUACUUUUGAAUUUUUCACAUGUAAAAUUUUUGACAGUUUGAACUAUCCAGUCCCAUUGUGUUGGGGUGAAGGGAGAGAGACAGGAAACCUCGCCAAAUCGCACAGAAUCUGGAUGCGAGUGGGAAUUCCUUUCUUUCUUUUUUUCUUUUUUUUUUUUAAUUUUGCGUGAACUUCCUGAAUGUUUUCCUGUUGAAUGCAACUCAAGAUGUUUUCACUGUCGUCGCCGUCACAGUCAUCGACCGCAAGAGCCAAACCCCGACGCCUCCUGAGAGCUGAUACUUGACAUAAAAAAAACGCCGUCAUGGAGUGAAUGUAAGACAGCGCCGUAUCGUGCAUUUGUUGAGUUUUCAUCACUGGAUAAGCUAAAUUUCACACACUGGGUCGACGCUGCUGCCACCGCAGAUCGCGAAGGCGGACUUUGCAUCGUGGGUCUCUUUCAGUAAAGCACUUGUCAUUCUGCACAGCAAAACGCAGCCGUGGGAUGGGUUUGCUCCAAACGUCCGCCGCCAGUGACGGGUCUUUUGUGGCGAAGCCUGCUCGUCUGUGUCAUCCACCUGUAAUUUCUUCUAAUGUAUGAUUUCUUACAGAAGAAUUCUCUAUUUUUGUCAUUCAGUAUUGAUUGUUUGAUUGAUUCAGGUUCUUUGCAAAUAUUUAAAUGAGUCAAUAGCAGAACAGACGCAACUGUGUUGUCUCUGGAAUGUGACGUAUUAAAUACUGAAAUCUG